GACACGAGGAAUCAUAUAAUCCUUCUUUGGAGUAUAUUCCCAUGCAAGAAGAGAUCAAUUCUUAUCAGCUGAUGUCUGAGGAAGACCGCCCAAAAUUUAUACCUAAAAGGUUCACAUCUUUGAGAAGCAUCACGGCUUAUGAGAAUGCUUUGAAGGACUCUUUUGAGCGCUGUUUGGAUCUGUAUUUGUGUCCAAGAGUUAGGAAAAAGCGGAUUAACAUUGAUCCUGAAUCUUUAAAGCCGAAGUUACCAAGCCGAAAAGAUCUAAGGCCUUACCCAAUGACAUGCUAUCUUGAGUACAGAGGUCAUAAGGGUGCAGUUUUGUCAAUAUCUACUCAUUCUUCAGGACAGUGGAUUGCUUCAGGUUCAACUGAUGGAAGUAUUCGUAUUUGGGAAGUGGAGACUGGUAGAUGUCUUAGAGUCUGGGAGGUUGGAGAAGCUGUUCAGCAUGUCGCUUGGAACCCUUUGCCUGAGCUUCCCAUCGUGGCAGUUUCUAGGGGACAGGAUGUACUCAUCUUAAAUUCUGGACUUGGGAAUGAGGAAGAACAGAAAAAGAUUAAGGAGCUUUUGCAUGUCGAGAAUCCUAAAGCACCUGAUGAACCUGGUAAUGAUGCACUUGUGAGCUGGCUUCAAGAUGACAAGCAUGAGGGAAUUAGGCUAAAACAUUUUAAG